AAAUAUUGUAGUUUCAGAGUGCCAUUUUAGCCUUUAAGUUGUUGAGAUAAAGUUCAGACUAGAUUGAACUUCAGUUUGACAUCGUUCGAUUUCUUUUGGUUUGGUGUUGGAACUACAAAAUUACUCAUUUGUGAUAAACACAAAUUUUACGAAAGUAAUUAUUGUUUUGUUCGGACCAAUUAACGAAAACAGUGAGACGCAGUGUAACAUUAUCAAAAUCCUUUUCUUAGUCUGUAAUGAAAUAAAGAAGGUUAAUAAAAACAGUUCUUUCGUCGUGUAAAAUAAGAAAAAUAUUAUCUUCCGACUUUUCAGUUUUCACGAAUAUUUACUUAUAAUACGAUGGCUGGUGACGAAGACGACAGUACAUGGUUAAUUGAAUUGGAGUCUGCUCUAUUGGAUGGCUGCUCAGCACAAGAAAUCAAUGUCCUAACAAAAGGCAAGAAGAUACCUGAGAGCUUGCGGCCUGAUGUCUGGCUCCUUUGUCUCAACUGCCAGGAGGCAGGUAACCAAUUACUUUCAUUUGACGAAAUAUUUGACCUCACUAAUCAAAAUGAACUCCGAGAUGAUGUCAAGAAGUUUGUUAAGAGGCUUGGAAAUGAUGAUGAUGAUAAAUUGUCUGUCAUAUCUGAUAUUGAAUCCAUCAUAACUUUUUACUGUAAGUCUAAAUCUAUAAAGUAUUCUACAAAUAAUGGAUGGAUUGACAUUUUAUUACCUUUGUUAAGUUUGAAGUUGCCAAGGUCUGAUACUUACAAUUUAUUUGAAAAGGUACUGCAGAUGUACAUUCCACAGGGCUGUGUAAAGAAUGGUGUCCCAUUCCAUAUUCUAAGGUUAAUACUCCAGUAUCAUGAUCCUGAGCUUUGCUCAUUUCUUGACACCAAACGGAUAACACCUGAACAGUAUUGUCUGCCAUGGUUAAGAUCAUUGUUCUCUGGAACAUGCAGUUUAGAAGUAGUGCUUUUUAUGUGGGAUUUAUACUUUCAAAGGUCUGACCCCUUCUUCAUAUUUUUCCUUUGCCUGAUAAUGGUAAUCAAUGCUAGAGAGCAAUUAUUACAAAUGAAGAAUGAAGACAAAGAGGCCAUAAUUGGUACACUGAGUGGAAUGCCUUCUGAUUUAGAAGCAAAUGAUGUCUCUGAUUUCUGUUCUCUAGCUCACUACUAUUCAUUGAAAACUCCUCAAUCAUUCCGAGAAGAUGUUUUAGAAGUAUUGUUUUCUGAAACUGGUGUAGAAAUUAAUUCUAAACUGUAUUCUCAAGCUCUAUGUCUUCCAGUAGCUGUACAUGAGUUGAUUGAAAGUGCCACUCUUGACUCUGGGAAUGGUGACAGUGUCAAGUUCUUUUUAGUUGACUGCAGACCAGCAGAACAGUAUAAUGCUGGACACUUGUCAACUGCUUUCCAUCUAGAUUGUAACUUGAUGUUGCAAGAGCCAUCAGCAUUUAAUACUGCUGUACAAGGACUGCUAAAUGCUCAGAGACAAGCAUUGGCUGCAGGAUCCCUUGCAGCUGGGGAACAUCUCUGCUUUGUUGGCUCUGGCAGAACUGAGGAAGACAGUUAUGCUCAUAUGGUAGUAGCAUCAUUCUUGAAAAGAAAUACUAAACAUGUAUCAAUGCUGGAAGGUGGUUUUGUUGCAAUUCAUGACUAUUUUGGUCCCCACAUGACUGACUGCCUGGAAGAGCACAAUCCAUCAACCUGUUUAGUAUGUGCCCCAAAUAACAAUAAUGAGUCUGGAGAAACUCAACAAACCAACAUAAGGGACAAUACACCUGCUAAGCAGUUGUUCAGUAAAUUAUCACUGGCAAUGAAAGCUAAGAGCCAAGAAGUCAAGGGUAAAUUAAUAGAAUACAUUGUCAAUCCAAAUUCUACAUAUAAUAAUGGAGAGUGGCAUGUGUCUGCUGGUGAUAGGAAGGAACAAAGAUAUAGGAAUGUUCCCCCAGUCUUCAGUAUUAAUGAUGAAGAUGACGAUUCGAGAUCAGACAGUCUAAGGCGAGACUUUACCGAUUCUGAUUCGUUGGAGGAAGUGGUGGACUUACAGACUUACCUCAAGGAACAUAACGUCGUUGACAGUUUCUCUUGCCAAGAAGUUUUACUUAAUGGCUAUAUGCACGAUUCUUUCUUAGUAGUUACGGAAACCCAUUUAGUAGUUUUACGUGACAUUCCGAAUAAAAGAGGUGCAGCCAAAGUUAUGUCCAGACGACCUUUGUCAACAAUUGUCAAAAUAACUGCUAAGAAGAGGCAUCCUGAACUUAUAACAUUUAAGUAUGGUGUGCCCGAUGGUGACAAUCUGCUGAUAAAAGAUAUGGAUCGUUUUCUAAUACCGAAUGCUUCCACCGCGACAAAAGUAGUUUCAAAUCAGAUAGUUCAACAGUUAGACAGCAAAGCGUAGAAAGAAGAUCCAAUCAUACAUAAUACACAAUACAAAUAAAAUCGCUUGCACGCUAAACUACUCGAAAGUACAUAGUUAAAGUCAAGUCCAAGGAGUUAGAAUCCACAAAAAAACUAUUUCAAUAUCUUUUCCAAUUUUUCCUCUAUUUUAAGUUGUAAUAUGCGAUGCAAUACUAGCUUAAAAAUAAUUAUGCCAUUAUUAUAAAUAUAUUCUAAAAAAUAAAUGUUGGCCGAGAAGUCACACAUUCCUUGUGUUUUGGCUUCUUGCCUUAUCGGAACAACGAUCAACCUGAGAUGAAGAAACCCAAACAACAAAAUUGUAAAUAGUCUAUAUUGCGCUUAUCAAACAGUGCUCAUGGCACUGAUUGUAAUUCUCUUCCCUGUAUUUCUAUAAAACUUCGUCCUUAAAAUUUCUCCUAGAUAAUUAAUCAUCUCUUGGUGUUAUCGUCAGAUUCAUGCAUUGAUUAUUAAAAUACAAUGUAAUCCUUAGAAAUAAUUAUUUUUGUUCAAAUGUAUUGAAGAAAACUUACUAUUCCAUUUAAGUGUUAAUCAAUAAAAUGUUUAUAAUAAAUAGAUGUCUACUAUUGUACGUGUCUUAGUCCAAUGUAUUAAAAUAUAAAGUUUUCGAAAUAUCACAUUAAAUAGUAGAACAUGUAUUAUAUUUUGUCAAUUUAUUUAGAGACUUAUUGUUAUAGUAUUAUAGCGACAUUAUAUUGUGAAUGUAGUUAAGUAUGGCUAGAAAAUUUUCCUAAUACCUAUUUUUAACCAAUGUAUUUUAAGUGUCCUUAAAUGGUAAUUUAUUUAUGUCGUUAUAGAGGAAGCCGUACAUACUACAUUUUGGUUAUUUUUACUUUUUAAAGAGAUUUUAACAUUGUCCGUCGAAAACAUUUCUGAGCUUAAAUUGUAAACUCUUAAAAAACUUAGUUUCUUUAUUUGUCAAAGUAAUUUGUCUCUGUUCUUGUUUUCGCUUUAAUUGUUACAUCCAUUGAUUUGUACAUAAUGUAUAACAAUAUUUACCCUAUAUUUUUUAACCAUUAAAUGUGAUAUGUAAUAUAUUAUAUAGAGGUGUUAAAACCAAACCACUUGAAUCAUAUGUUGUUAUUUAGAUUAUAUUAAUAUGAGCACUAUUUUACGGAAUUUAUGUGUAAUGUAAAGCUAGGUGUAUUAUUUACUUGGUAAACUGAUAUAUGUUCCACUCGUGGUUUUGUAACCACACGAGUUAGUAUUUCCUUAGGUCUAGGGUAUGUCAUAUAUUCUAGUAUUUUAUUACGCUCUUGUGAUUUGGAGUCUAAAUAUCAUUUUUUUUAUUCUGCCUGUACCUAUUGACUGAAAAGAAAAAAAAAGCAUUGGUAAGAACUCGUUCUAGAAUAUCAAAUUUCCAACAGCUUAAUGAUUACUUCAAGUUAGUCAAUUUUAUCCAAAGGCCUAUGGUAACUCAAGCAAUUAGCAGAAGUUGUGCAUUUAUGUAGGUUUAAUAUUAUGCACAAUAACUCCACAUUAAGUAGUUUCACUUAUAGAUAAACACGCGUACUUACAAACAAAUGCUUGCAGUUUCAUGUGCGAUUUAGAUUUUAAUUAGAUAAGUAUGUAUGUAAUUCAAAUUAUCUUGUAUACCUACCCUCAUAAAAGGCGAUAAUGAUCACCAAUAUAAAUUCGUGCUAUAAUUGUUCUAUUUUCAACGUAUAGAAUAGAUAUUCUUAAAUUAUUUGUAUAUUUAGUUGUUAUGUAAUAAAGAGAUACUAUACAAGUA